CGUGGAUUGCAGCCUCUCUCGUUAGCUUUAUUACUGUAUAGGAAAGCGAUAAACGGUUGAUGCAGGUACAAUCCACCUUAAACAGUGCUUUGUGACAAAAUGGCUGCAGAAACCCAAGUAAUUAAACGACCGCAUGAAGAUGACGAAAUUGUAGAACACCAGGAGUCUAAAAAGCCACGAAAACUUGCUGAAGAGGAGGCUUGUCAAAACCAGCACAAAGCUAUGGAGAAGAAACCUCGCCUGUCGACUGAAGCCUUUGGAGAAGGUUGCGAAAUCAGCUAUGACCAACUGCAUGAAUUCCUAAAAUAUGCUGCAUUGGGAAAAGGCCAAAAUGCUGUUAAGCCUAGAUGGUGCCGUAUUCAUCACCAAAAGCAUUUGACUGGUACGGUAGUGGUGGUUCUCCACGAAGCGAGUCGGCUCCAUUUCUACAGGUUUUACUCACUGUUCAAGCAUCUUCGCAAAACCUUCAGGCAUCGCUUCUCUUUGCCACCCAUCUCUGGUUUUAUGGAAAGACUUUGGGGCACAAGAAUAAACGACAGUCCACUGCUCAGCAGACAAGAACUGAAGAAAGAUCCAGUCAUUCAGAAAUACGGAGAAGAGAGGCGCGGGCUGUCCAGUUACAUUCUAACCGCGGAGGAGAUGCGUCGCUACAGCUAUCCUCUAGAAGGCUCCAGCAACUGCAGCCAUUUUGUUUCCAUCGGUCGCAACGUCCCGGUUUCAGACAACAGCCCCCUUUUUGGACUGGACUGUGAAAUGUGCCUCACUGAUAAAGGAUCUGAACUCGCACGAAUCUCAGUGGUGGAUGCCAGCGGCCAGUGUAUUAUGGAUGAGCUUGUAAAGCCCUCGUUGCCAAUAAGGAAUUACCUCACUAGGUACUCCGGUAUUACAAAGAAGCUUCUUUGUUCCGUCACCACCACGCUCGCCGACGUCCAGGCCCAGCUGAAAAGUCUACUUCCUCCUGAUGCCGUUUUAGUGGGUCAUUCUUUAAAUUUUGACCUCCACGCUUUAGAAGUGAUACAUCCCAGCGUGAUAGACACUUCGCUGCUUUAUACCCGGAAGGGAGGCAAAAGAUUCAGGUUGAAAUUCUUAGCGGAAGCUAUUUUAGGGAAGGAAAUCCAGUGCAAAGACCAAGAGGGUCACAAUCCAACCGAAGAUGCCACAUGUGCCCUUGAACUGGCCCAGUUUUUCAUUAACCAGGGACCUAGAAAGGUAGCAGAGCUGAAUCUGGAAGCCCAGUGGCUGAGGCAGAGCCGAACAGGAGGCUCACAGAAGCAUGCCUUGCCGAAGCCAAAGAACGGGAUCCCGAAGCAGACAAGGACCCCCAUCCAGGGCCUUCCAGAUGUUUUGCAGUCUCUCAAUCGAAAAACACUGCUUCUGGGAGAACAGAAUGACAUUUCUUCCUACAAUGGCCAAUGCAAGCAAAUUCUCCAGCAAGCCUUGGAAGAGAUUCCCUGCUCAUCUUUCAGUGUUAUUUGGUUUCCUUUGGAUCCCCGAUUCCUUGCCUCCCGCCUCGCUGCAGAAAUCAGAACAAAGUUGCAGGCUAAGCUGGCUAACAUGCUGACGGUGUACGCAGGUCCAUUUGGAAAGGGCUUGUGUCUGAAGGCUUUGAAGAAGGCCUUUGAGAAGUAUGGACAUAUUCAAUCAAUCAGAGUCAUUCCAGAAACCCUAAAGCCCCAUGUCUGCAUCCAGUAUGAAGUCCUAGAGGCGGCCCAGCUUGCUAUAGAGAACCUGAAUGGAGCAGAAGUUGCAGGAUCCUAUAUUAAGGUGCAAAGACCUGUCACUGAAAUGACACUAGAUUGUGAGGCCCUCCUUAGAGAGCUGGAAACGGAUGCAGACAAUGAAGGUGUGAUUUACGUGGCAGGACUGGAGAAGAUGCACAGCGAGGCAGAUUUGCAGGAGCAGUUGGGUUUCCCGAAAGGCUUGAAGUCUGUUUUCCUGCCAAGGGAUCCCAGAAGUGGAAGACAGAGAAAUUACUGUUUUCUCAAAUUUCAAACGGUGGAAAAUGCUUCUGCUGCCCUUAAAACCAUAGAGGGGCAGACCACCGGAAGACUGCAGAGCAGGGGUGCGCUGACACCUCCCCAUCUCCACCAGUGGGUCUGCCAUGAGAAUCAAAGGGGUGAAUGGCCCGGCACUCCAGGGCUGCAGCACGAUGCUGAACGCCAGACGAAGGAACAGCCAUUCGCUUUGCAGCAAGACUUAAAGAGUGCAAUGAAGGCUUUUGACCGCUGGAUCAAAAAGCUCUACAGAGGUUUGCCAAACCGUACGCUGUGUGUCAUACUGUUUCCAGGGACAGACAGCGUCCCCGUGUCGCUCCCUGGCUUUGGCCUCCUGGGAAUCAAAGACAACAACUGUCUUGUGCCUGCUCCCCGUUAACCCAUUGGGUUGGACAUCCUCUCCCCCUUCGUUUUGCAAACAGAUUGGUUGUGGUGCAGGCCUCUAAAACUGAUCUUGUCCAAUCUUUUUCAUGCUUGCUGAUGUUUUAAAAGAUGAAAUCUCUUCGAAGAAGCCAGACCACUUGCUGUCCAGCAUUCCUGCCAUUUCAUUCAGCUGGCUGUUAACCAAACGCUGUCGAGGAAAAGAAGCUAGCUGCAGUUGAGGGAGGGGGGCGGUCUGUGUGCAUGUGUUUGCGAUAUGUGGAACAAUAUGACCUGGAAGGACACGGCGAGUUUGCAAAUGAGUUUUCAAAGGGCCCUGUUUUCGUGUUUAGCGACCCUACACCAGCCAGCCAGGGCAAAGCACCUCCAGAAAAGCACCAUUUUGCUUAACAAGGACUACCCACAGUUCUUUGCCUCUUUGGGACCCCAUAAUUAAGUUCCCUCAGAUGGCUUCAGCAUUCUUCACCACACACGGAAACAGCACACUUCAGAGAAGAACAGAAAAAACCCACUAACAUUUACCCUAAGGAAAAUGGAAUCUGUGAUUCAUGAAUUUUUGGUCCUUUUCCACACUUUGUCAAAGGAAAAGUUUCAGCCCAAAUGCAGCAAAAGGAGAGAGGAAGGGAGAAACUGCAACAGAGGAACGAAUGUGUGAAGACGUGGGAGCUGGUUAGAAAACCCACCUCACUGCAACCUUAAGAUGGCUGGCAGGCUCUAACAAUCCCUGCACCAAAGGGUGCGUUUCUAAGCAUGUGCAGAAUAUUUCUACUCGUACUGUGAUUUUUAAAAAAUGGAUCUAAACAAGAAUUGUCUCCCAGGCAUCCAUAGUGUGAUAUUUUUGAGAGGCGUGAGGGGAGGAUGAAGAGAACAUCACUUCAAGCUGGAUGUAAUUUCAGGGGAGGAAAUGCACAACUUUUGCUGUUGGUAAAGGUGGACUGAUGCUGAUGCUGCUGGCAGCUUUGGCAGGCAGCUCUUGCCCUAGAGUGUCUUAAAAUAAAGAUGGGACAACAUUUUAAAAGGAGAGAUUUCUCUCCUUUCUGGCUAAUGUCCAGUUUACUGUUCAUCCUUUCUUUGCUUUAAAAAACUGUUUAUAGAUCCAGAGGAGUUAGCCAUGUUAGUCUGUAUUUGCAAAAUAGUAAAGAGUCCAGUAGC